UUAUUUGUUUGUGCGGCAUACUCGAUUCGCAGCUCACGGAGGACGGACGUGUUCUCCAAAAACCGUAGAAUCGUCUGUGCGUGUUAAGGAGACGAAAGACUCCAAAGCAGUGUUCACAUCUUUCGUUUUUGGUACCUGUUGCAUCUGUCGCGCCGGGUUACAAAACAAUUAUCGUCUAACUCUUACUCUAAGCAAACAAUUUCCAUGUUUUAUUGGGACACAUACUAGAUUAGCUGAUACAUAUUAUAAAAGGCAUUUGAAGUGCCUAUUGAACUCAUCGAAAUACUCAAAUUUUAAACAAAUACACACAAUGGGUUCCAUGCUCUGUAAGGAGUACAAAACAACUGGCAAAAUAACGCCCAAUCCGGAACAGAAUUCAGGUGCCGCUGGCUCCUAUCAGUCGAAGUGCGAGAAGAUGCAGGCCGUCAGCGAAGUGGUCAAAGAUGCGGACUAUACCGAGGCGGUGGCCGUUUGCAAGGCCAGCGAGGUGCAGGAGAAUACCAUGAAGCAGGUCGACUUCAAUGAGGACACCAGCGUGCUGCUGGUCAAGCAGCACGGGCGGCUCCAUGCCAUUGGCUCGAAGUGCACCCAUUAUGGUGCGCCGAUGCAGUCGGGAGCUCUGGGCGUCGGGCGUAUCCGUUGUCCAUGGCAUGGCGCUUGCUUCAACUUGGAGACGGGCGACAUUGAGGACUUUCCCGGUCUCGAUUCGUUGCCCUGCUACAAGGUGGAUGUCAGCGAUGAGGGCCAGGUCAUGGUGCGCAUGAAGCGCACCGAUCUAGAGAAAUCGGCACGUCUCAAGAACAUGGCCAAGCGCAAUCCCAAGGAUGACCGCUGCUAUAUUGUUGUCGGCGGCGGUCCAUCGGGUGCCGUUUGCGUCGAGGCACUGCGUCAGGAGGGCUUCACCGGCCGCCUGAUACUGAUUUGCCGUGAAAACUAUUUGCCGUACGAUCGCGUCAAGGUGUCCAAAUCGAUGAACCUCGACAUUGAACGUUUGCAGUUCCGCGACGAGAAAUUCUACAAGGAUCACAACAUAGAGGUCUGGCUGGGCGUCAGCGCCGAGAAGCUGGUCACGGCCCAGAAGGAGCUGCACUGCUCCAAUGGCUAUGUGGUGAAGUAUGAUAAGAUCUAUAUAGCCACCGGCUGUUCGGCCUUCAAGCCGCCCAUUCCCGGCGCCGAUUUGGAGAAUGUGAAGACGAUACGCGAAUAUGCCGAUGUCCAGAGCAUACUCGAUUUGGUAUCGCCCAAUCUGAACGUCGUGUGUCUCGGCUCCAGUUUCAUAUCAUUGGAGGCGGCCUCGUUUCUGGUCUCGAAGGUGGCCAGCGUUACGGUGGUGGGUCGCGACUCUUUCCCAUUGAAAGCGGCCUUCGGCAGCGAGAUUGGCGCACGUGUCCUGCAGCUAUUCCAGGAGAACAAUGUGAACAUGCUCAUGAACAACGGCAUCAGCCAAAUCGUGGGCAACGAUGAAGGCAAAGUGGUUGAGGUGCAGCUGCUAGACGAGGCGACCAUACCAUGUGAUCUGCUAAUCAUGGGCACCGGCUCCAAGUUGAACACCGACUUCCUAGUCGAUUCGGGCGUCCGUCUCAAUGAGAACGGCUCCGUGGAUGUGACCGACUUUCUCGAAACGAAUGUGCCCGAUGUGUAUGUGGGCGGCGACAUAGCCAACGCGCACAUCUACGGCCUGGCCCAGUCGCGCGUCAACAUCGGCCACUAUCAGCUGGCCCAGUACCAUGGUCGCAUCGCAGCGAUCAACAUGUGCGGCAGCAUCAAGAAGACGGAGGCUGUGCCCUUCUUCUUUACCAUGCUGUUCGGCAAGGGCAUACGCUAUGCGGGCUAUGGCAGCUACAAGGAUGUCAUCAUCGACGGCAGUCUCGAGGAUAUGAAAUUUAUUGCCUACUUCGUUAACCAUGCCGACACUGUCACCGCAGUCGCCUCCUGUGGCCGCGACCCCAUUGUCUCCCAGUUCGCCGAGCUCAUCUCGCAGGGCAAGUGCCUGGGACGCAGUCAAAUUGAAAACGAAGCGAAUCGCCAGAGUUGGACGACCAAGCUGCUGGAGCCGUUGCCCAAGGUGCGCUAAGCGCAGGAUAGUUUGUCGAUCGCAUGCCAGUUAUCACUCAACAGCAGCAACAACAGAGAUUCAUUCUUAUAUAUAUAUGUAUGUCUAUAUAUAUCUAGUAUUAUGUGUGAACGCCCACAAUUUGCUCAUGACUGUUCUUAUAAUAC